AGGUGACUGGUGAGGUUGAAAUAGCUAACGGUGAAAGGACAAGAGAUAAAAAAGAUUGUCGAAAAAUGAUACCGAGGAAGUUAGCGGGAAUCUCCGGCAUCUGCGACGGUGUCGAGGCACUCCAAUGACUCGUGGCCAGUGGAAAUUAUGGUUUAGUCACGAGUGAUUAAUCGACAGUCCUUCAGGAGUCAGCGGCGGCCGAGGGAAGAGAGAGUUGGAACAACAGGAAUAUUAGACCUUCAUCCUGUGGCAAUGACAGACCCACAGUUGGCAAAUAACAACAACAACACAAGUACAAACAACAACAACGAUGGCGAGCCAAAGUACCUUCACAAAAAAUUCAAGAAAAUGGCAACGACUGAGGUGGUGGCACCCCUGGAGGUCAAGACGGAAACCCCACCUCCGCUGGUUACCCCAACCACCACCUCAGAGCCUCCUAGGAAUCGUGACCCCCCAAAGCCCCCAAAAGAGUCUUCCAAAACCGACGAAACACCCCUAGAUUCCAAUGAAAGCGAGCCAGCAGAGUCCAAGAAGUCUGGCUAUGUCUGCCCCUACUGCAAGCUUUCCUGCGCGAAGCCAAGUGUCCUCCAGAAACACAUCCGUGCCCACACAAAUGAGCGACCCUAUCCCUGCGUGCCCUGUGGCUUUGCCUUCAAAACAAAAUCAAAUUUAUAUAAACACUGCAGAUCUCGAGCGCACGCGCUUAAGAUGGAGGGUGUCGAUACCGGAAAAGUCUCCGAGGACUCAGACAUGAGUCUCUCAGACAGCGCGAGCAACGGUACAGGCACACCUCCUCCACCGCCAUCAUCAAUCGCAUCCACCCCAGCAGUCCAAAAUCCAAAAACCGUAAAGACUGGAAAGAUCUACAAGCCAAAGUUCCACACAGCCCUCCAAUGCGUGAACAGCGAGCCAGAGAUAACCCCGCCAUCACCCCCAAGCUCUUCCAACAGUUCGUCUUCAACGUCAAUAAAACCAAAUCCGGAACAAGUGCAAGAGCACAUCGACAAGAUAAUCACGGAUAAUCAAGCGAUAGUGGACGACAUGGACCCGGAGUUACUGAAGCUCUUGCGAAGGCGGCAGUAUUUUCUCGGCUGUAGGAAGCCAGAGCAGCCAUUGAACCUGACUGGCGACGAAACGACCAGAAAGCGUUGCUACAGCGAGAGCUUCGCGCAGGAGGAAACGACUAACAGCCAGCCGAACGGCGAGGGCUCAAUCAUAAAGGAUCUAUUACUGAAGACAAGAACUCAAACACCAGAACAUACACCAGAGCCUCAGGAAGACAGCUUUACCUGUCCCUCCUGCAGAAUCUCGUACUCAAGCUUAGAUAAUUUAGAAGCGCAUCGAAGGUACUAUUGCAAAGUUUCAGACUCCCCAAAACGAGACUUCCAGUUAGACUUAGAUAAGAAAGAAGAUUAUGACGGUAAAGCAGACUUUUACAACACAGUCCAACCGCUUCCCUCCCCGGGUCCUUUAUUAGGAACUACGAGACUAGUAGAUGCGUACGGACCUCCGCCCAAAAUGUCGAGAAUAGAUAGUGUUCCCACGACUUUGCGAUCUCUCGAGGAGCUCUCGAAAUACCCGCGACCAAAUUCACUUCAGAUGUUCGGUGGUGAAGUGAGGAUUCUCGAUAACACAGGUGAGACAAAGACCAUGAGAAUAGAGCCUAGACAAACAAAUUCGCCACCAAACGAUCAUAACUUGAACAACAAAUGCAUAACAACUGAAACAUCAUCGAUAGUAGUGCGUUCAGGACUCCACUCUGGUGGUACCCUGGUGCACAAGCCACCAGGUACCCCAUCGACGACCCCAAGUACCUCGAUAUCCCUGCCGAACACACCAAAGAUGUUGGCACCAAUCAUACCAAACAUAUCAACCCCCAACUUAGCCCCAACAAUGUCCUGCUACAGUUACCUAGAGCCACACUUGAAUCCAUUGACAAGUAUCACUGCCUACAAUCCUUUAACCCUGCCACAGGCAGGUAUAGCUAGUAUUCUUCACGGAGGUAAGGUGAUUCCUUACGUGCCUGGUAUGCCUGGACCGCACACGCUGUCGACGACAGUAGACAUAUCCCCAGUGACCAGUGGCUCCACUGGCUACAAAGUCAUUCCAGGCAUUCCAGGAUUACACAUCAUCCCUCAACCGCUGGAUCUGGCGAGCCCAGUCAGGGCGCAGACACCGAGUGUCCCUGGUAUACCUGGACCAACGUCCAACGCUCAGAUGAGCCUUGGUCAACCACUGGAUCUUGCCAGUCCAGCUAAGGAUCCCAAAAUCGGAUUCAAGAAUCCUAACAACGGAGUCUUGAGCCCUAAAGUACCUGCCAAACUUGAGGAGAAAUAUAAAAGUCGUCUGGCUUCGACUCCAAUGAUUGAAUUACCUAACAUACCUAACGAUAUUGAAAGGCAUCCGAAGAAUAUCGGAAAAUACAAGAUCCUGGAGAAGGUGCAGACGAUCGAAAGAGUCUUCAACUACCCCAAUGGGGUUAACCCCGGCAAUUCCUUCAUCGCAAGGUCUCCCCCGAAGGAAUCAUCGAACAAAUACGACUCACCCCCGCCCCAGGAAAAUGGAAGGAUCAAGCCGACGUCUCCAGAGCCCUACGUCGCCAACGGCGCAAGAAUGAGAUCCGAGGUCGGUCCUCCAGUAAUAAUAAUGAACAUUGACCCUCCAAAGCCUGAACAAUCCCCAGAGACAAUCCCACCAACUCCGGAGAUGAAAGACCCAACACCUGAGGAAGAAGAGCCCAACCCAAAAUUUCUGCGUCCAACCUCUCUCCCGCUGAAACCAGGAACCUUCACCCCAAAGCGUCAUCACGGUAUCACCCCCACUGCCAACACCCUUCCCUUGAUAAGCCCGGAGACUCCCAGACCGAGGAAGUCGUAUGGUCAGCUGUACCUCAACGGUCACGCUUACACGUACUUGGGUCUCAAGUGCUCGACAAGAGUCUUCUACUGCACGCUGAAUCGACCACAGCCGAUGUACGUGAGCCAGCAGCACGGGCUGUCCAUGUACUCUAACUGGAAGAUCUGCAAGGAGGCGCCACCGGACUUGGACAUGGCUCAUUACGACUCUAGACACCGUCCAGCUAGCUACACUGUAGCCUGGAAGAAGCAGGAGGACAUCCUGACGCAUUCUUCCCAACGCCCGAACACUCCGACGAGUCCAGACAGCGGACUAGAAAGCGAUACCCAGGAGAAGACGAGAAGGGUCAAGAUCUUUGACGGCGGAUUUGAGUCCAACGAAGACUACACUUACGUGAGAGGUAGAGGUCGGGGCCGAUACGUCUGCGAAGAAUGCGGGAUUCGCUGCAAGAAGCCGUCUAUGUUGAAGAAACAUAUCAGAACUCAUACGGAUGUUAGACCUUACACCUGCAAGCACUGUUCCUUUAGUUUCAAGACUAAAGGAAAUCUGACCAAGCACAUGAAGUCGAAGGCGCAUUACAAGAAGUGCGUGGAGAUGGGGGUGACGCCUGUUCCUACGACAGUUUGCGACGAGAAUAUUGAUAAGGAAGCGAUCGCCAGAUUGGUAGCUGGUGGUGCUAAUGAGGAGUCUACGGACGAGGACGAGGACUCCGAAGGGGAUGACAGCGACGAGUCUGGGAGUGAGGAGCACGAGGCUGCUCAGAGUCUUUUGAGUCUGUCUCAACCGAGUUCGAAGAGACUUCCAGGGCUGCUUCCUGCGGGCAGACCCACCACCUACCCUUACGCGCUUACUUUCCCUACCACCUCGGUGACGACUUCCCUGGUGUCGACGACCGCUUGCUCCGUUUCGGCGGUUACUGUGACAUCGACAACGGUUAUUCAGUCGGAGGUGUCCAACAGGUACUACUUCCCGUCGAGUCGGUCCUCAGUUCUGCCUGAGGAGACGAGAGACAGUGUCAUAAGGUCCUCUAAGAUUGAGGAUUCAGACGUGGAGAUGGAGGAGGUGGUCUCCAGACAUCAGCCCAUGGACUUGACGACAAAGACACCUCAGAUGCCUCUGCCAUCACCUCCGUUGAGGUCCAAACCUGUGGAUAUCUUGACACCGGUGUCGGAACCGGUGCUCAUGCAGUCGAUUGUCCACACGAUGGAGAGGCUGCCUCUUCAGGGACGGGAGUGGAAGCCCGAUGAGGGACACAUGCUGCAGGCUUACUUGACGGAGAGACAUGUCAUGGACAGCAAGAUGAAGCUGCAGUACAGGGUGGGAAGCACCAAGAACGAGAAGCAAGUGGUCUAUUCCAAGGAGUUCACUGGCUCCAGGAGUUCUUACUCCAGUAGCACUCCCACGGUUACUUACACCGAUCCCAGUAGGAUGCAAAGCGUUGAGGGGAGAGAGAAGGAGGAUGUGAAGAUUGAGGUGAGGGAGAGGAGGCCCUUUGACAUCGAGUCCCUGCAUCCUGAGAGGGAGAGUCAGGACGUGAGGAUUAUGAGGGGAAUCGAGCAGAUGGCGCCACAGGUGAUCAAAGGGAUGGAGCGACAGGUGUUUGGCGAUGCGGGAAGGGAGGCUGCACCCGGAAUGAUGAAGAACGAGUUUGCCAUGGGGGGCCAGGAGAGGGGGGUGGAGAUUGUUCCACGGGGAAGUGGGGAGGGGAGGUAUGAGAGAGCUAGUCAGGAGUUUAAGGUGCCUGCGAAUGAGAUGAGGAGUGGGGAGUUUAAGGAGGGGGGUGGAGUGGUGAGGUCACCUGGGAGGGAGAGUGUGGGGUACAAGGGGGAGCACAGGGUCCAGGGGUUCGAGGUCCAGGGGGCCGAGGGGAAGGUGCUGGAGAUUGCCGGGGGCACCAGGGGGGAGGCCAGGAGUGAACAUGGGAUGAACAUUAGUGAGCUUGCCAAGAGCAUCGGGGAGGGGAUGAAGCAUGUGGUGGCGAGGAAGGUGGUGGUGGGGGGACCUGGGUUCAGGUCACCUUCGCCGAGUACUGGAAAGCCACAGGCCGAGUUCCUGCAGCCGGUUAGCGGACAUGGGUCUAAUUACAGCAGUGUUAAUGAAGAAGGCCGAAGUGUUUGCGGUUUCUGCAACAAAGUCUUCAAUAAACCAAGUCACUUACGUCUUCACAUAAACAUUCACUACUUCGAGCGUAGAUUCAGGUGUGAAAGCUGUGCAGUAUCAUUUCGCACUAAGGGCCACUUAACAAAGCACGAAAGAUCAGUGUCUCAUCACAAUAAAGUCAGCAUGACGUCGACAUUUGGUGCAGCCACAACGAGCAAUCCCAGGCCAUUCAAAUGUGAGGACUGUAAAAUUGCAUUCAGAAUACAUGGCCACUUGGCCAAGCAUCUGAGGAGCAAAAUGCACAUUAUGAAGCUCGAGUGCAUUGGAAAAUUACCCUUUGGAACUUAUGCCGAGAUGGAGAGAUCCGGGGUUAAUCUCAAUGAUAUUGAUACUACUGAUUGUGAUAAUAGUCUCUCUAGUCUACAGAUACUCGCCUACAAAUUAUACGAGAAGGAUCCAAGUAAAAUGGGCCAAUGGGACCCCGAAAUGGGCCCCCCAAACAUAGCAAGUGGUGGUGAAACAUCCUCAGACGAGGGUGAACCAAUUAUUCCCCCAACAAUUCAUCAAUACCCCCCACCGCCCUCGGAUAUCGAUGCAUCACGUGCAUAUCACAUGUCAACCCUAGUUAAUACGAAUGAUACAAAGCAAAUUGGUGAUUUACAUGUGCCAAACACCCGCUACGACGACAAUUCGUUGCCCUACAAGUGCCAAAUAUGUCCAAGAUCAUUGAGAACAGUCAAUGAAUUGCAAGUGCACUGUUACGUGGAGCAUGGUGAUCGUGGAAAGGAGAAUACACAGACGAGAAUUAGUGAUGAUAUUGUUGUGGCACGUGAGGACCAAUCGAGACAGAAGAAUGAUGAUACAUAGUGCCAAAAUUACGCUCUCGAGCGGCCAUAGACAAUGUUUGUUUUGUAAAUCGAGAGAUUCGAGGGAAUUCCUCUUCCGGCGAUUUUUCAAUUUUUUUUAUAGUUGAUUUUGGUUUAUCCCGGUGAGGGCUACACACUGAGGGCUUCGCUCUGGCAGUAUGAAACUGCUGUUUUUUUUGUAAUUUCUGUGGAGGGGAGAAACAGGUAGAGGCAAUUUUGUAGUUGAGUUUUUUGGAUUUUUCUGUUGUUCAUAAAAUGAGGUAAAUUAAUUUUGUUUGUCAGUUUUUUAUGCAUAUCUGAGAAUUUGAAGGGGAUGGUUGAAUGAUUGUGGAAGGUUUUAGUAGUUUAUGACAUUCUGUUGUUAAAUUUGACGCUUAAUUCGUUAAUUAAGUAACGAAGCGGUAAAAAAGUUCAAGUCGACUUAGCCCGUAGCUGAGUUUUCGAGAAAUAUCUCUGAAUCUAAAGA